AGUUCUUGUUGGAAGCCCCUCACCCAGAGGCCGGCGCCCCCAACGGCAGGACGACCGUGGAGUCGUGGUGCCCACGGCUCCAUGACACGGGAGGAGCCGUUCCGGGAGGACCUGGGCUAUGACCGCAUGCCCACGCUGGAGCGGGGGCGGCCAGACCCAGGGAGCUACGGCCCCGACACCAAGCCCGGCGACCUCCAGCUGUCGAGAAGGCUGCCCCCGUGCUUCAGCUACAAGACACGGGUCUUCUCUGUGCUGAUGGGGAGCUGCCUUCUUGUCACCUCGGGGUUCUCGCUGUACCUGGGGAACGUGUUCCCCUCAGAAAUGGACUACCUGCGCUGUGCGGCCGGCUCGUGCAUCCCCUCAGCAGUUGUGAGCUUUGUGGCUUCCAGGAGGGACAUCAAUGCGAUCCCCAACUUCCAGAUACUGUUUGUUGCCACGUUCGCUGUCACCACGACCUGCUUGAUCUGGUUUGGAUGCAAACUGGUCCUGAACCCAUCGGCCAUAAACAUAAACUUCAACCUCAUCCUGCUGCUCCUAUUGGAGCUCCUCAUGGCAGCCACGGUGAUCGUCUCUGCCCGGUCCAGCGAGGAACUUCGCAGGAAGAAGAAGGGCGCCCUUCCUGAGAGCACCAGCCCGGUGGAAGAGGUGGCAUUCCCUGCUCGGGUCCUGAAGGCCUACUCCGUGGUGGAGGUGAUUGCCGGUGUCUCUGCUGUCCUUGGGGGGGUCAUAGCCCUGAACGUGGAUGACGCAGUCUCGGGCCCACACCUCUCUGUGACCUUCUUCUGGAUCCUGGUGGCCUGCUUUCCAAGUGCCAUUGCCAGUCACGUGACCGCAGAGUGUCCCAGCAAGUGUCUGGUGGAGGUGUUGAUCGCCAUAAGCAGCCUCACAGCCCCGCUGCUGUUCACAGCCUCUGGGUAUUUGUCAUCCAGCAUAAUGAGGACGGUGGAGAUCUUCAGGGACUACCCGCCAGCCAUAAAGGCCUACGACCUGCUGCUGCUGCUGCUGCUGCUGGUGCUGCUGCUACAAGGCAGCCUCAACACGGGCACCACCAUCCAGUGUGUGGACUUCAAGGUCAGUGCCAGGUUGCAGAACGCAUCCUGGGAUGCCCAGCCCAGCCCGAGGCAACGCCCAGCCAGGGAGGCCAGGAGCCCCCUGAAGGAGUUUGACAAGGAGAAAGCCUGGAGGGCCGUGGUGGUGCAGAUGGCCCAGUGA